AUUCCAGCAUAUGCUCUUUCCUGUGCGUGCAUGAUCAUAAUUAAAGAAACUAAAUGCACUAUAAGUGUUCUUUUAGCUGCCAAGAAUUACAUUUGUCUCUUGUGUAGUAAGUGUUGUGGCUUUAAAACACACUCAGUAGUGCUGUGCAGGGAUUUAGAGCUCUUCAUGCUUUGAAAUAUGAAUGACCUUCAUUGUCCAGCUAUCACCAUGUAUUUUUAUCUCCGUUGGUAUUUGGCUUUAACACCCGGUGGUAAGACCCUAGAACUGUACUGUAACGUCAACCUACUCGCUUCAGCUAUCACUUGACAGUUUAUUUAUGCCUCUGUCUGCUAGUUUGUGCAAGUAUCCGAAGCCUUUGGUAACUUGCCCGCUAGCCCUGUGUGCUAUCUUUGUGUGGGUGAGUAAUGGAGAUCUGUAGUAAAUCCUUUCCUUACCCAAGGUACUGUCAAGGAAAGAGGAUGCUGGCAUGGCAUAUAAUAUCUCUAUUCAGGUUAGAGUUGCAUAUGAAAUUAAUGGGCAACCAGCUUUGACAGGUGGACAGACUUGCCAUUGUGUAGACAGAAUUGACUAAAUGUUUUAUUUUAUAUGAAUGCAGUUUACAGAGGUGUUUCAUGCUAAGUCUCAGAAAGAAGGAUUGUCCAUGAUAUCAUUAUUUUCACAUGACUUGUGAUCAACAGGUUUUUAGCUACUAAGCAUGUCGCGAUGUUAACUGCAUCCAUCUUUGAAAACUGUCUGUUGUCACUACCAACUUGUUACUGUCAACCGAUUCAAUAGCCUGAGAUUGGUUGUUACAGCAAUAAGUUAUUGCUGAUGUUUCACUGUUUGAAACAACAUAAGCAAUAGGUGAUUAUGUGCAUUUGUUUGGGGGGGGGGGGGAAUGGUACCCCCAAGGCAUGCCAAUAAUCUGAACUCUGAUUCAGGCUUUGUGGUCAUUUGUUACAGAUCCCAUCAAAGAAUUUUGUGCUUCCAUCAAAGAAUACCCACUAGGGCUGUAAUAAAUAUACUUAACUAGUUGACUAGUUUUAUUAAGUGGAAUUUCAGUUAAUCAAGAUUAAAUAUAUAUUGAUUUGUUUUAACAAAAUUACCAAAAAAUACCAGAAAAUUCAUAGACGUCUGUUAAGUAAGGUAAAUCAGACUCGUUAACAAGCCAUCCUCUGAAGGGUCCAUCUUUAGCCAGUAAAAAACCAAUAAGAAAAGACGACUAGAUAUCACAUGAAGAGAUUUUUCAAGGAUAUUGCUGAUCAUUUCUUUGAACCCAUCACUUUCAUGAUGCAAGAUGUUAGUAACAAGCAGCUUAUGGCAAGGUGAAUCACAAUACAGUAAAUUAUGAUUGGUUACUUUAGCGUAACAAUGCUAUUCUCUUUACUUCACUAUGGUUGGGCAGAGACUAGGCCUUCUCUUUGUUAAUGUUAAUUGAAUGUGACAUAUCCAGGGUACCCGUAGCCUGCUAAUCAGCACUAAUCUGAUACACUGGAUUAGAGGAUGGGAAUGCUUGUAAGACACUGCAAACAGUAUGUGUGACUCCUUCCUUUCUGAAGUGAGCUGUCUGUUUUUCUAGACUUCCUUCUGAUAUUAUUUAGCCAAAUCUGAUAACAAUUCAUUGAGGUGUUUACUUUAUGCUGAUUUAAAUGAAGAUUUAUACUUUUUAAUAACUCUCGAGUUCAUGGGCGAGUUCAUUGGUCCCUGGUAAACUCGUGUGCUGAUUAGGUAGUUCCUCCUACAGGUUCUUGGGAUCUGACUGUGUUCUCGCUGUCAUCAUCAUAAUCUCCCUCUUCCCUUCUGUGGGAUUAUUAUGGCGACAAAGCAGGGCAUCUUGUGACUAUCCUCUGCUAUCUGCAGGCCUUUUCUUUGUUUUGUUUUUAGUAUAUAUUUUUUCUGGCUGUGAACUGGUGGAAUACCAGAAGCCAAAAUGCUGAACCAGAGUGCUGUCAUGAUCUUCACUGGGAUCUGUGGGGCGAUGGUGUUCAUGGCAAUGGCCUACUAUGUCUACUGGUCUGUGGUGCUGGCAGAAGGGCCGUGCAAACGGGGCUUGUAAAAGGACUCCACCGUGGUUGGUCGUAGUGUAUAGAGAGGAGCCCACUCAGCCCUCCAGGCUCCUCAGCCAUGGCUCUGCUGGCCUAUCUGAAGAGCCUGUUCAUCUUGCAGUUGCUGAUGGGCUUUGUGUUUGUGGUGAGCGGCCUCAUUAUAAACUUCAUUCAGCUGUGCACCUGCAUCCUCUGGCCGAUCAACAGGCAGCUCUAUCGCAGAAUCAACUGCCGGCUCUCCUACUCCCUCUGGAGCCAGCUGGUGAUGCUGCUGGAGUGGUGGUCGGGCACAGAAUGCACCCUAUACACCGAUCAGGCUACGGUGGACAAGUUUGGCAAGGAGCAUGUCAUCAUCAUCCUCAACCACAACUUUGAGAUUGACUUUCUGUGUGGAUGGACCAUGUGUGAAAGAUAUGGCGUUUUAGGGAGUUCAAAAGUGCUAGCCAAACAUGAGCUCCUGAAGGUCCCUCUAAUUGGCUGGACGUGGUACUUUCUAGAAAUUGUUUUCUGCAAAAGAAAGUGGGAAGAGGACCGAAACACUGUCUUCAAAGGCCUAGACAGGCUCAAAGACUAUCCUGAAUAUAUGUGGUUUCUGCUGUACUGCGAGGGCACCCGCUUUACAGAGAAAAAGCACCAAAUCAGUAUGCAGGUUGCAGAGAGUAAAGGCCUGCCCAUACUCAAAUAUCACCUAUUACCCCGAACCAAAGGAUUCACCACCACACUGCAGUGUCUUAAGGGCACAGUAACUGCUGUGUAUGAUGUGACUCUGAAUUUCAAAGACAACCAGACUCCCACCCUCCUGGGCAUUGUCAAUGGCAAGAAGUACAAAGCUGAUAUGUCUGUAAGGCGGUUUUCUGUGGAGGAUAUACCAGAUGAUGAGCAGGAGUGUGCCAACUGGCUACACAAGCUGUACCAGGAGAAGGAUGCUUUACAGGAAAUGUACAAUAAGGAAGGCAAGUUCCCGGGACCCACAAUUAUCCCACCGCGCAGGCUGUGGACGCUGCUCAACUUCCUGUUUUGGGCAACACUGCUGCUUUCACCACUCAUCAAUUUUGCCUGCGGAGUGGUCGUCAGUGGCUCCCCUCUCCUCAUUAUUGGCUUUAUACUCUUCCUCAUCGUAGCCUCUAUAGCGAUCCGCCGCCUCAUAGGGGUCACUGAGGUGAAGAAAACAGGUUCCAGUUACGGCAACCAAGAGGCCAAGAAACAAAACUAAAGUGUCACUCCCUCCUGUGAAUGGCCGUUUCUGUUGGCCACCCUGCGGCGUCUCACCCCAUCCCAACUCCAUUCUCCUCCUACUGUCGAGUCAGUUGGUAGGCUGGGGAGGAGUCCCAGCUGUGAAAACAUUAUAGAAGCCAGACCUAACAUUUCUAGUGGCACUAGGGUGAGGGAGUAUAGAGGGUCUGGGGUCCAAGUUCUCUGGUGUAUCACAGAUUAUAACGAGGGGGAGAUGCAGCACUGUAUUCUCCUGCAUCUUUCUAAAUCCAGUUAGCCACCACCUCCCCCUCAAUCCAGAUCCCAUUAAAUCUCAGUAACACCCAACAUUAAGCUUCUAACAUGUCUGAGCUCACAUGAACUACCACUUCCUACCUCGUUUUCCUGUCACAGUCAUCAGCCAAUGGGUAGUGGGUGACGCGCUGUUUCUUUUUUGUCCACAGAACACGAGUCGAUACAUAUUUCUAAUCUCUAACCUCCAUCCCAGCGGAGGCGCAUUUCCACAACAGCAGUGUUUAACAUACAGGACGUCUCCCUCCCUUUUCUCACUGAGUGGGACUUGUAAUGGGAAUCGGUGCCUUGAGGCCCAGCCUGGUUUUCCUUAACAGGGUCAACUUCACCCAAAAUCAUGCAGAAUUGACCAGUUUUAGCUGUAUAUAGCCAGCCACAUACUUAAGGUUCUUAUAUGCCUUUGAGCACAACUAUACCAGUACAGUGAAGGUGAAAAAGUUGUUUUUUUUCCCCCUCUUGUAAUUUGUAAUUAUUUUGACACAAACAAUGCGAUACAGUUCACCUUGAUUGUACUGGGAUAGCAACAGACGUGCGUGGGCGGAGAAUCAAAAUUCCACAUCAUUUUUAGUGGUGUACAUGUGGUAAGAUCACUGUUCCAUCUUACUGCUGUGAUUAUGAUGUUCUGACCCCUUUUACAUCCUGGUUUGGAAAGGCUGGUGUCAAACUUACAUCAAGGGCUCUGAAUGUGAAAACCGUCCUUAUCAAGGAUACCUACCAUCUGUUACAGGUCUCAUUUGUACUCCUCAGAACCCAAACCCACAGACACUUUUCAGUUUUUGUUUUCUGUCUUUUUACAUUUACUAGCUUGCAUACAUGUUCUCAUUCAUUUUCAAUUGACCUCCUAAAUGUGAUGUUAAUUGAACCAAACACUGGAAAGGUUCAACAUGCCACCCACGCCGAUUACCAGUCAUGACUCACCUGUCAGUGGAGCCAGAAUCCAGGAAAAGGUCACCAACAUGUAGCCACACAUCUGAAAGCAUAUUGAUUUGCUCUCCUGAUAUUUAGACUGUAGUAUUGAUAUUUUAACCUUUGCCUUAAGUCAGGCUUGCUCAGGCAAGGGAUUGCUUAUCCGCCACCCCUUUAAAACAAGCACCAACAUCUCACUUGCGUCUCCACCCUCUCUCCCUCCCUCCAUUACAGUGAUGCAUGGUGGAGCAGCAUGCAUUUGUUUGGUUUGAUCCCCCAAACUGAGUAAACAACUUACAGUCCAGUUUUCGUUUUUUUUUUUUUUUAAAG